GGAAGUAGCACCAUAUCUGGUGCUGGUUAAAUCAGCCAUAGAGGGGCGGGCUAUCCAAAACACAGACAUCCCCGCCCCGGCACUCACCCCAUUGGUGGAACAGGGUGCCAAAGCCGGAGGGUCCUGAUCGAAGGGUCCAGUGAUUGGCUGCUCGGCUCUGAGUGUGCAGGCAGCGCAGCCUGUCCGUUUGAAUGUGCUGGGGACUGGAGGGGAUCAUUUCCAUGGACCAUCUGUCUCGCUGGCUACCCACACAACAAAGAAGGACCCAGGAUGGUGUUAGUACAUGUUGGAUAUCUGGUUCUCCCCGUCUUCGGCUCAGUUAGAAAUAGAGUAUCGAGGCUGGCUCUACAUUCCGCAUUUCUCAGACCUUUGUCCCCCUCCAUUGUGUAGCUAACGAUCAUCUGCUGCUGUCUGCCGUAGCCUCUGCCUGUUCUCUGCAUCUAGCUGUAUUGUGAACCCCUUCUUCCUCAUUUCCUCUUUCCAUCUGAAGACGACAUUGGCAUUAAAACCGAGUUCCCACUCAUACCGUAUCCUUCUGUGUAACAGACUAAAGAAUAACACCUUCUGUAGAGAAAAACACUCUGUCUUUUUUUAAACUGUCAUGUUGCUCUUCAGUGAAUAACCCAUUGUAGCGUAGACUUUACUACCGACUGUCAUUGUGAUUCCCCCAUUCAGUGUGGAUAGACUACAUUCUGCUGUAAAUUUCUGUAAAGUGGAUACAUUUUGAUCCCCUUCCCCUUGAUUCGAUUACAGCAAGGCUUGAUCGAACUCUUCUAAUAUUUGUCUCCAUCCCCCUAUUUGCAAAGGUGCAUUGUACCAGCAUGAAGUACAUGUAUAAUCACCUUCUCUUAAUCAUUUAAUUGAUAAUUCAACAAUUGGCUAACAUGUAUGGUGCUACAAUCACUGUUAUUUGUGUGAUGUUAUGGUCACCUUUUGAUGGUCCACUGCACCUAUUUCAGUAGAGUCCAAAUGGCUGCUCAUAAUCCUGUCAAGCCUUUGUUCCUGUUAGCUGAUUUGAUAAAUAGACGAGAAUCAGGUCUAGCUCAUCUUUCCAUUUAGAAAGAAACAAACAAAAUCUCCCCUUUUCAAUCCACUGUCAUGCACAGCCCCCCCCUCUAAAUUUUUUCCUUCUUACCUCCACAAUGCUAUCCAUUUUACAGGGAUGUGUAUAUCCUGCACUGCUGUAGAACUCCUUUUAGAAUGAAAAUGUCUUUUAUUCUUUGGUUGUGGUUUUCUACCUUCUGUUCUUGUAUUAGACCCUAAUGCAUGGUCAUUUUAUACUUUUUGUUUUUUCACAUUGAACAGCAGAUUCCAAUGUAAACUUUGUGUAGAGAUGUCCCUGCUAUACUGAACUGUGCUGUAAGCAUACACAUCUACUCAUUGGAUGCUGCUUCUGUUUUGUUAACCCUACAGAGAGCAUGGUCGGGCCUUGCCUUUGGUCUUUAUUUGCAUGGUAUUAUUAUGAUUAUAUCAGAGAUAUUACUCUUAUUAUUACUAUUAUCACACAGUACCACACAUACUAAUAUUUUCCAAUAAAGACUGUAGAUUUCUUUCUAACCUUCAGUGUGCUUUUUGCUGAUUUCCAUGUGUUCCUCCCCUUCCUCCUUCCACACUGUGCUGUCACUGAGACGGUCCCCUCACUUUUUAUGUGCUCUCAUUUCUCAGCUGUUAAUGACAGAUUUUUACUCAAGUUGCUGCUCCGCUUACUAUUGAGUAGGGGUAAACAAAAUAUAUCUCUUUAAAGUAUAAAGAAAACAAAAUCAUUUGUAUUCUGAAUCACAGUAGCAUUUAUAUUUCUUAUGACAUGUUAUCAUUACCUCCUACAGAACACAACAGCCUCCUUCACUUUCACUCAUUGGUGGUAAUUGGUGUUAGUUCAAAUUGGACACCAUUGGGCAAAAUGGACGGAGUACUCUUCAAUGGAGCACACUUCACCAGGCAUCAACACAGCCAUGCUACCUCCUGCCGACACUUUCAUUUGGGUGCUCCCCAGGCGCCCAUCUCAGCAGAGUUUCCUCUGGGUCACGCCAGCCAGCAGCCUCAGGCUAACCUGGCCACCCAUCUGCCCCCUGCGCACCACCCGCCACCGCCCCUCACUGCCCUGCCCGCACCCCCACAGUUCCAGGAUGUGCCAGGGCCACCAUUCCUACCUCAGGCCUUACACCAGCAAUACCUCAUCCAGCAGCAGCUUAUAGAAGCGCAGCACCGCAGGAUCCUACCACACUCAAGAAGAACCCAGGAGCGCAUCCCCCUGAACCCUCACAGACUGCGUUCAGGCUACGAGUACUCCCCACCCCUCCAUGUCCCUCAGCCAAUGACACAGCAGCAGCGCUACCUGGCCGAAGGCACGGACUGGGAUCUCAGCGUUGACGCCAGCCUUCCUCAUCAUCAGUACCAGCUCCAGCAGCUUCCGCAGCACUAUCAGCAUUACCUGGCCUCCCCUCGAAUGCACCACUUUCCCAGGAACACAUCAUCUGCACAAGUGGUUGUGCAUGAAAUCAGAAACUACCCGUACCCCCAACUGCACCUGUUGGCUCUGCAAAGUCUGAAUCCUUCAAGGCAUGCCACAGCUGUCCGAGAAAGCUAUGAGGAGUUGUUGCAGUUAGAGGACCGGCUCGGGAGUGUCAGCAGAGGAGCAGUUCAAACCACCAUUGAGAGGUUCACCUUUCCACACAAAUACAAAAAGAGAAAGCCACUGCAGAUGAAGAUGGAGGAGGAAGAAGCAGAUGUGGAUGAGAAGUGCACCAUCUGUUUGUCCAUGCUCGAGGAUGGAGAGGAUGUCAGGAGACUACCCUGCAUGCACCUCUUCCACCAGGGCUGCGUCGACCAAUGGCUGGCUACAAGCAGGAAGUGUCCGAUCUGUCGAGUUGACAUAGAAACACAGCUGAACCCCGACAGCUGAUGAGAUUCAAACCCCCUCCACCCUCUUCCUUUGUCAAUCACUCUUAUGUGGUUCCUGCUUUCUUCCACCCCCUCCUCCCCAUCGUAGGGUGCUUUUGCCAAAUGUCUCCAGAAAUCAUGUGACAUCACCACCCUACUUCUUCUGACUCACGCUUUAACUGAGCCAAGCCAGGACAGCACGAGAGGCCAAGGACUCUCAUUCUAAAGAAGCACAUCCUUCUGGAGGCAAAGAACACAUAAACACAGACACACACACAUACUCAUGUACACAGGGUUUACUUGUAGCUUGCUGGUUGUAAGUAGGGUGUUGUUGCUGUUGUGGUGUUGUACUGUAGGUAGCCCCGGGCUGUGUAGCAUGUCCUCAAAGCCAUGACUUAAUGUCCUGAGAGUGGAAAACACAUAACCCCACACUAAGCUGGCUACUUUUCUCUUACUCUCUCUUUCUAAAUAUAUAAAUAUAUAUACAAAUAUAUAUUUCUCUCUUUUAAACACACUUCGAUCAAAGUGAAUAUUCUGCCACACAAGAAUACCUAAAUGCUCUGAUGCCAUGUUUACCUAAAGAUCAUUUGUGGUCGUGGUAGAGUAGCAGUAACCAAUAAGUGAUAAUCUGGUGCGCUGUUGCUGCACUACUAGCUAAGUGUUUUAAUUCUAUCAUGCAGCUUUGACAUUUUGCAAUAUAUUUACCUUUGGUUGGUGUUGUGCGAGUAGGUCUCUUUCACUGCCGUGGAAGCCGAGCCAAGUGAUUGAGUCGUCGUGUGUUUUAAAACUUCAAUAGGUAGAAGGUGUUUUCGCCAAAAUGCAUUUUGUCACAGUGUAGCUUGAGCCUCGAACAGGUUUACGCGUGUGUGCUCUGCCCUGUUGUGUGCGUGACUCAAGGAAUGUGUUGAACUAAUGUGUGGAUGUUUAGAAAGUGCAGAUGUGAGUAUGUGUGUGCAAAACCUUAAACUUGCUGUAGGUUAACAGCACAGCCACUGUAGUGCUUAUUCAACACAAAGCCAAAAAAAGGAUGAAAAAAAGGAAGCUACUGUGCGCUGCAGAGGAAAGUGGGAGGAAUAUUUAGCUGCCCUUGUACCUGCAUCUUUUUCUGGCAUGGGACUAGUGGUAGAACAGUGUGUGCUUAAGAAAAAUGCAUGUUUCAUUGCCGACUCGGGCGGCUGCUUUGGUAGCGUUUCUGCAGUUUAAAACGGUACAGAGAUGGCUUUGCAUGACUUAGUUAAUCUAAGCUGUGACUAUCUUCUUAACACUAACAAACAAACAAAAAAUGAGCACGGUGUCAGUGGCUGCUCCUCUGACUUGUAGCGUGUGUUCAUAUGGUCCCUUUUGUGGCAGUGCUGGGAUCCUCUUUUUGAUGUUUACCUUAUUGCCUAAAGAACAAGCACAUGUGACAAUAGUUAUAUAGCAACAAACGAUUUUUCCUUGGUAUUGCAUUUGGUUUAUAUUUAGGUCUAGAUUCAUGCAGUGUUUCAGCAGAGAGGAGCUUACGUAUUGAUCUUGUGUAUUUGUGUGACAGACCUCCCCUUGUGGUUGCUAUGCUGGUUGCUAUGCUGUAUUGCUAGAACAUGUAGAAUGUGGUGAGACGGAGGCAGCCUGGCUCUCGCAGUGCACACAGACACUAGACGGCACAACCCCCUCUCUCACUAAAGCUGUGUUUCCACCAAAAGUACCCAAGGCUGUUAGUACCAAGGGCUACAUUUCUAAUAAUAGAAAGGUUCCUCUAGCUCAAAGUUGUUUGCAUGUUCACUGUGGUCUAAAAACCCAUGAUCAAACACCUUUGUCUGCUGAGAUGCCAAAGAAUCUCCUAAAUGCUAUGAGUACCAAUCAGAAAGGUUCAAAGCUGCAAGGCUAAAAUAGAGUUCAUGGAUCCCCAAAGUCUCAAAACUUAAGUCCUUGAGGAAAUUCCAUGCUGUGGAAAUUCAUUAUUUACCCAACAAGUUUUUUUAAAUUAAAUGGGGUACCUCGAGACUAUCUUUUUAGGGUUUACAAAGUUCCUCUAGCCCAUUAAGGGGUGGGGGGUCUUUCAAAUCAAUCAAAGUCCCUCAGUACUUUCAGUUCCUAGCACUUACUUUACACCUUGGACCUUGACAGAGAAGCUUUUAGUUCUUGGGGACAGUUCUUGAGGUGGAAAGACAGCAUUAGUCUGACCAGUUUGCUUUCUAUUAAGGGAUACCUUUGGGACCUAUACUGUCCAUGUACUGGUAAGUAAAGAUUUGCCUAGAACACUAUAUAACCAGGACUAGUUCUCCCUGUUUCGUGCACUGCCAGUGUUGACACUGCCUCCUCCUGUAGUGGAGUCAUCUGUGAUGAAGUUUUCAUAGUUUACACAGGGUGUUGUCAGUUGAAAUGCCUUAAGUAUUUAACAAUCAUAAUUUAUUACUAACUGUAGAUAUUGUGGGUCUGUAUUUAAUUUUAUAUAGUUCUCGUUGGUGGGGGGACUGAAUCAUAAUUUAUUUAUUUAGAAAUAACACAAAAAUGCUAUGAAAAAACAAUUACCUCAUUUUUGCAUUGUUUUAAAUGGGAAUGCUUUGCAUGCAGUUGUACUAUUUGGAACACUAAAGUUAAAGACGCCCUGCUGUUUGAUCUCCACAAGCUGGCUGUGCCAUGUUUACUGUCCAACGCUGAGCUACUGAGCCCGCUCUCCGUCUCUCUCUCUCUCUUUCUCACUCUAUCUCUCUAUCUAUCUAUCUAUCUAUCUAUCUAUCUAUCUAUCUAUCUAUCUAUCUAUCUAUCUAUCUAUCUAUCUCUAUAUCUCUCUCUCUCUUUAUCUGUCUCUAUCUUGUGUGGUGCUGUGGAUCUUGGUUACAUUCCAUUCAAUGCAAUUUAUCUGAUCCCCCAUGCUGUGAUGUAGUGGACAAACUGCAAUGAAGUGAAUUUUUUUAGUUUGUGAUUUUUUGUUUUGCACUCACUUGUUUAACUAUGGGAACCCUCUCACUGGCAAAAAAAGUUAGUAUAGAUAAUUUUGAUAUUAUCUCUUAGAACAUGCUUUUUAUUUUGUAUGCUCUGCUUAUCACAAUGCACUAUCGGUCUUAAUGAUCAUCAGUGAAGCAUGUUCCUCUAUUUUAACUCUUUGUAUCUUUCUGAUUUGCGUCUACCUUGUGUUUCUCUUUGUUAGACUUUAGCAUAACAAGUGCCUCGCUUUAAGUGUUAGUAGUUAUUUCAAUCUUCCUGAAACCAUCCGAAACAAUCAGUCCAUGAAGCCACCAUGCCUUAUCGGUUUCAUGAUAUAUUCAAAUGAAGGAGCUAAGACAACAUCUGACAGGUAUGUACAAAAGCCAUUACCCUCAAAAAAUUCAAGAAAAAAAAGCUGCUGAUUUGUAAUGCUGUAGCAUUACAUAUUGUGAAAAUUGUUCUUUAAAGAGGCGUAUUUCACUGUGGGCUUUACAAAUACCACAGAAAUUCUACUUUAGUUCAUGUUCGUUUCAGUUAUUUUCCUCCUUUUUGCUACUCUUUCCUUGUUUUACCGUCCAUCUAUCCUCUCAGAAUCUAUCCUUUGUUUCCUUUCACACUCUAAAAGGAACGCAAGGAUUAUAAAGCACAACCUUUUCUAAAAAUGCAUGUUUUCUCAGGUUUCAAUAGUCUCAAUGGUUUAAUAGUAUAUGGUGAAAAUGUAUACAAAGAAUAUAACAUAAAAAGAUAUGAAUUUUGUUGCUGUUUGAAACUAACAAACAAAGCUGAAGAGAAAAUAUCCCAAAAAGUGCCAGUGAAAGGGCUGCCGCCAUCCUUGUAUGAAAAUCUGCUGUUUUAGCUGUGACUGCGCAAUGUUUUUCAAUAUAGGAUAUUUUAUCGGAAAGCAGAACUAUUUAUCAUUAAUAUUAAAGCAAUAGCGCAUUAAAUGAUGAGUGUUGAUGAAGAAAUGGAUGAGCAUACUAUGCGUAAAUAUUAGAUUCACGUGGUGGAAUUUUGUACUUUAUUUAUUAUUACUACUAAUAAUGAUGAUUUUAAAAGUUGCAUUGCUAAACCCAAACCGUUCUUUUUUUGUUUCUUAAUUUGAAUUUUAUUUCAUGGCUUGUAUAUUAUCCUUUUGUAUGUGCUCUUUUUGUAAUAAAUUGGAUAAAAUG